AAAUAGAGCCACGUGGGUGCCUGCGGGAGAAAGCCCUGAGCUGGGACCCCGCGGAAGGGCUAUUUCAGGCCAGCGCGAAAAGCUUCAGCUUUCAGGGGGGUGGGGUGGGCGGAUGGACCCUGACACCCGACACCCCGCUGGCCACCCUGGUUCAACAGCUGGGAAACGCUUUGGAGGAAAUCCGGUAGAAAAGUUCUGACACUCAGAUGAUUUCACCAACGAUUUUUUCCCCUCCACAGAAACUUGGAGGUUAUACCCUUUUCCCUUAAAUGGCAUCCUUCUGCCCCCAAAGAGAAAGCGUGUGGUUUUGGGGGCGGGGGCAUGUUGGGGUUUUAAACACACGGGUUUAAGAACACCUCAGAGUUAUUACCUUCUUUAUCCCAAUGGCAGGGGUGGCCAGACAAGCACAAACCUCGCAGGAACCCUACCAUGACAAGGCCAGAGAACACCCAGAUGACGGAAAGCAUCCAGACGGAGGCCUCUACAACAAGGGACCCUCCUACUCGAGUUAUUCCGGGUACAUAAUGAUGCCAAAUAUGAAUAAUGACCCAUACAUGUCCAAUGGAUCUCUCUCUCCACCCAUUCCGAGAACAUCGAAUAAAGUGCCCGUGGUGCAGCCAUCCCAUGCGGUUCAUCCUCUCACCCCCCUCAUCACUUACAGCGACGAGCACUUUUCUCCAGGAUCACACCCGUCACACAUCCCGUCAGAUGUCAACUCCAAACAAGGCAUGUCCAGACACCCUCCUGCUCCUGAGAUCCCUACCUUUUACCCGCUGUCUCCGGGUGGAGUUGGACAGAUCACCCCACCGCUCGGCUGGCAAGGUCAGCCUGUAUAUCCCAUCACGGGAGGAUUCAGGCAACCCUACCCAUCCUCACUGUCAGUCGACACUUCCAUGUCCAGGUUUUCCCAUCACAUGAUUCCUGGUCCUCCGGGUCCCCACACAACUGGCAUCCCUCACCCAGCCAUUGUCACGCCUCAGGUCAAGCAGGAGCACCCCCACACUGACGGGGACCUGAUGCACGUGAAGCCUCAGCACGAACAGAGAAAGGAGCAGGAGCCCAAGAGACCUCACAUUAAGAAACCUCUGAAUGCUUUUAUGUUAUACAUGAAAGAAAUGAGAGCAAACGUGGUGGCCGAGUGUACUCUGAAAGAAAGUGCAGCUAUCAACCAGAUCCUAGGCAGAAGGUGGCACGCCCUCUCCCGCGAAGAGCAGGCUAAGUAUUAUGAACUGGCGCGGAAGGAAAGGCAGCUUCACAUGCAGCUCUAUCCAGGCUGGUCUGCGAGAGACAAUUACGGUAAGAAAAAGAAGAGGAAGAGAGAGAAACUACAGGAAUCCACAUCAGGUACAGGUCCCAGAAUGACAGCUGCCUACAUCUGAAACAUGGUGGAAAACGAAGCUCAUUCCCCACGUGCAAAGCCAAGGCGGCAGCCCCGGGACCCCUCCUGGAGAUGGAAGCUUGUUGAAACCCAGACCGUCUCCACGGCCUGCCCCGCCGACCCCAGAGAACUGGCACCACCUUCACCCUGAGGUCACUGCUAGAGACACUGAUCCAGAGACAAUCACUGCCGAACCCCCUUUCAUCUACUGCAAGAGCCACGGUCCGCAAUGAAGCGCUAAAGGUUUUUUUUAAAAAAGAAGAUUCAGCAGCACAGAGAACGCCAGCGGGCCCUGGGUCAGCUGAGCCGCGUUGCUCCCCGCGUGUCCGCCGUGCACUUCCUGGAGCAUCUGCGUCCACACCGGUGACCGCUCGGCCAGGACGGCGGCCUGGCUGCCCCCGCGGGCCUCCCCCUGGGCUCGGCAGCCGGCGUGGCCAUCGGCGUCCCCGUGGGAACGUGAGGCCGAGUUCUUCCCUCUACACGCCCGUCUUCGCUUUUCCCUCUCUGCCUUUCUCCUGGAGCUUUUAUUUAACAGUGCAAAAGGAUCAAGUUUGCUUCCUUUUUUUUUUUUUUUAAACUUGAAUAUUUUUUUAAUUUACACUUUUUAGUUUUAAUUUUUCCUGUAUAUUUUGCUAGCUAUGAGCUUUUAAGUAAAAUUCAAAGAUCUGGAAACGUUUGAAAUAAAAAGGAACUGAAAAGAAGCCACUGGUUUUUUUUUUUUUUGAGCAACAUCUUGUCCGGUAAGUGGCCACGUCCACUCUGCUGGUCGCAGUCGGCAGUACUAUUCCAUUUUAUUUUUCUUCGGAUCUCCUUUUUGUUUUUGUUUUUGUUUGUUUCUUAAUGGUAAACCUUAACAGAUACUUUCGGUAGUCCAGUUUGCAGUGAAUUUUCAUUGCUUUCCUUCUCACCCCUUCUUGUAAAAAGCCCAGCACUUGAAUUGUUAUUACUUUUAAAUGUUCUGUAUUUGUAUUUGUUUUUAUUAGCCAAUUAGUGGGAUUUUAUGCCAGUUGUUAAAACGAUCAUUGAUGUACCCUUUUUUCUUUUUUUUCUGUUUUGUUCAAAUAGCAAGGCACAGCCUUUGCCCCAAACUGUCAUCUAACGUUUGUCAUUCCAGUUUGCGUUAACGUGCUGAGCAUUUUUUAAAAGGAGCUUUGUAAUAAAAAUUUUUUAAAGU